UCUGGUUCAUGGCCAUUUCCUGUAUUGAUUAGACAUAGAGAAAUUCAACUGUCUGUGAAUUUGAGUUGUCAGUUUGACAGCCUACUUUGUAUGAAAAAAUUGGGUGAAAAUGUCUUUCGCGGAUAAAUUUACACAGCUUAUGCAGCGCCCUGGAGAUGCUCCAGCUGGGAAAGAAGAUGUCCCAUGGAUGUUAAAAUAUGCUGGCAGGGGACUUGGGACAGUGGGUAGUCUGAUUGCCAUACUUAUGGGUCUCCUGAAUUGUCCUGGGAUUAUACUUGGUCAAGUGUAUUGCUUCCUGGGAGGCGUAUCCCUAGUAUUAGUUGCUUUUAUAGUGAUCUGUUGUGAAGCUCCCUGCUGUUGUAUGUUUAUUGAUCAUGUUCAGAGAUUAAGUGAAGUAGUAGAUAAUAGGCCUUAUUGGAACAGAGCAGCAGCAUAUUGUGGAUUGUCCCUCAUACCAUUCAUCUUGUGCCAAGCAAUAAGUUUAUUCUUUGGAUGUGCAUUAAUUUUUGGGACCGGAAUAAUUUAUGGGAUGAUGGCGCUAGGUAGAAAAGCAUCUGCUGAAGAAAUGCGUGCAGCUGCAGCCAUGGAAGCUGCCCAGUCAUACAAACCACCUAUUUCAAUGCGUGAUAAUCUGGUCACAAAUGCUCAACCGAUGGCUACCGCCCCACCAGUCGGUUUUCUGCCCACUCCCUUCGACAGUAACGUCUGAUUAAUUUAUUACUUCCCCCCUGCCCAGAAACCGUGUACCUAUAGUGAUCAUAUUUUAAUUUCCUUAUUGAACAUUGUUCGAGUUGAAACUUGCUGUCAAAUGACUUGCUCACUUCUUUUUCAGCAAGUUUUUGAGAUAUUGAAUAAUUCUAGUGGUUUUUUAGACUAUCUGGUAUGCUCCAUUGUAGUAUAAUUUCAAUGUAUCAAAUCGAAAAGACAUUUUUUAAGUACUGACAGUUGUGAGGUCACGCAUGGAACUUUUAAAUGUUAUCUAGUACAGUAAGUUUAAUGUGGAUAUUGUAGAGGUUUCAAAAGAAUGAAGGUAAAGUCGUAGAUUAGAGAUCUUUGUAUGAUUGCUACCAAAAGAUUAGGUGAAAGAAUAGAGGAAACAUCAGGAUAGAUGAAGGGAUUAGAACAAAGUUAACUGCGAAGAAUUCAUUACUUUCAGCAUUCAUUUCAGUUCAUCAUUAUGAAAUUAAAAAUUGUUUUAACACUUUUCAAUUGUUCAUUUGUGCUUUUUUAUAUUCAAUCCUUAUCCUUAUGGACAAUGGUUUAUGAUAAAAUUUUACAUCUGCUCAAGUUUUCUUGGUUCUGAGGAUAUUCAAACAUUUUCUUGCAUAUUUACAUUCAUGCAUCUUUUAUCCCACAAUAUUGGUUGGUAAACAAUCAUCUUCCAAGUGCUUUGUUGAUUUUGUAAAGGAGCUCAUUGUGUUUUGAAAAAUUGUAUUAUUUAGUCUCAUUGUGGUUUGAGAACUCAAAGUAUGAAAUAAAUUAUUGACAUCCAGCUUGUUAAUGUUUCAUCUGAUUAUCAAAGAAUUCCAUUUUUAUAAGAAUAUUUAUAUAGAAUAUACUUAAAUUUGACUGUUAGUUUUUAUUCAAUUUGUGAUAUAAGUUAAUGUUGAUUAUAAAUUCCGUCUUUUCAUGAGUAUGUGUUGAAUAAAAAUUUGAAUUGAAAACUUUUUUGUUUGAGUUCAAAUUUAAUCUACUUAUAUGUAGUUUCAAAUAGAUUGAAAUCUAUUCAUUCUCUUUUAGUAAUUUCACGCUAAUAUUCAAUAUAUUUAAGGUAUAAUAAAAGAGUUGUAGUGAAAACAUGCAAGUAUUUAAAAGUAUGAUAUUAAUUUUUUUCCUAACUACAUAUCAAAAUAGCUUCCGUAAUGUUAUCUAAGUUAUUGAAAUGUACCUAAUAAAUAUAUAUAGUAAU